GAGAGGAGGAGGAGGGAGCCUCACAUCCCGGGCUGCUGGGGAAGGCAUGCCAGCUUCUGCUUACGUUAUUAGACACCGACAAGCUGCGACAGUGUAACCGGGCACCGGGAAAGGGCGCUUUGACCAGCAGAUGCUGCUGGGAACCACGGACUGUGACUACUGCAUUGGAUACCUGUUGUCUGUGACUGGGAAGACUUAAUACCUUCAUUAACCUGUAUUGCCAAUAUUGGUCUGGAACCAUUUCACAGCAGUCGUAUAUAAAGUUGACUAGUCACAAUGAAUGUGACAAGCUUAUUCUCCUUCACAAGCCCAGCGGUGAAGAGGCUGCUUGGUUGGAAACAGGGAGAUGAAGAAGAGAAGUGGGCAGAGAAAGCAGUGGAUGCUUUGGUGAAAAAGCUGAAGAAGAAAAAAGGAGCCAUGGAGGAACUGGAAAAGGCCCUGAGCUGUCCUGGACAGCCCAGUAACUGUGUCACCAUUCCUCGCUCCUUGGAUGGCAGGCUGCAAGUGUCACACCGUAAGGGCCUACCACAUGUGAUUUAUUGCCGUGUGUGGCGUUGGCCUGAUUUACAGAGUCACCAUGAACUGAAACCCUUGGAGUGCUGCGAAUAUCCUUUUGGUUCCAAACAGAAGGAGGUUUGCAUCAACCCAUAUCAUUAUAAACGAGUGGAGAGUCCUGUCCUGCCGCCUGUUCUUGUUCCACGGCACAGCGAGUACAACCCACAACACAGUCUCCUCGCGCAGUUCCGAAACUUGGAGCCAAGUGAGCCACAUAUGCCUCACAACGCUACUUUUCCAGACUCUUUCCAGCAGCCAAACAGCCAUCCGUUCCCUCACUCGCCCAACAGCAGCUACCCAAAUUCACCUGGAAGCAGCAGUACUUACCCUCACUCCCCGGCAAGCUCUGAUCCUGGGAGCCCUUUCCAAAUACCAGCUGACACCCCUCCUCCAGCUUAUAUGCCCCCUGAGGAUCAGAUGACGCAAGACAACUCUCAGCCAAUGGACACAAACAUGAUGGUGCCGAACAUCCCACAAGAUAUCAAUAGAGCAGAUGUACAGGCUGUUGCGUAUGAAGAGCCAAAACACUGGUGCUCCAUUGUCUAUUAUGAGCUCAACAAUCGUGUGGGAGAAGCUUUCCAUGCCUCCUCCACAAGUGUGUUGGUGGAUGGCUUCACUGAUCCUUCAAACAACAGGAACAGAUUUUGCCUUGGGCUUCUGUCCAAUGUUAACCGGAACUCGACCAUUGAAAACACCAGGCGGCAUAUUGGGAAAGGUGUGCAUUUAUACUACGUUGGGGGUGAGGUCUAUGCCGAAUGCUUAAGCGACAGCAGUAUUUUUGUUCAGAGCCGGAAUUGUAACUUUCACCACGGUUUCCAUCCAACAACUGUGUGUAAAAUCCCCAGUGGCUGCAGUCUAAAGAUUUUUAACAACCAAGAAUUUGCUCAGCUUUUGGCCCAGUCUGUAAACCAUGGCUUUGAAACGGUCUAUGAACUGACAAAGAUGUGCACUAUUCGGAUGAGUUUUGUCAAGGGUUGGGGUGCAGAAUAUCAUCGCCAGGAUGUGACAAGCACCCCCUGCUGGAUUGAGAUUCACCUUCAUGGCCCACUUCAAUGGCUGGAUAAAGUACUUACUCAGAUGGGCUCCCCCCAUAAUCCCAUCUCAUCUGUCUCUUAAUGGAAUGGGAUGUUCCUGCCUCUGGAUUCAUUGGAGCCAUGCAUGUACUUGAAGGAUGUAUGAGUCAGACACUUACUGGCAAAUGGGACAUUGGUAGUUUUUUUUGUUUUUGUUUUUUUUAAAGUCUUUUGGGGGGGGCUGUCAGCACCUCAACUACUUGAUGUUUGUGACCAACUCUUAAGAAAAGAGAGGAGAUCUUUAGAUCCAGUGCCCUGCUGUUCUGCUGUUGCUUAAUAAAAUAUGGCUCCCUAAACAGCAGCACAUAUUAACUUUUGAAUUUUCUAAUCCAGUUUAGCAUUGUGAUAUAAGACAAUGCUGUGUAAAAUAGUGAGUCAAGCAAAAUGCCCUGCAGAGUGUGCAUACUAGGCACAAAAUGAGAUGUAGUGAGAGAGACACAUAGGUGAAACUAAGGCUUCAAAUAAACAGCAAUGUUUUUAUCUGGGGGUGGGGAAGUUGGAGAAGUUAGACAGAUGUACAGAAGUCCUUUGUGAACACAUCUCUUUCCUGGAUGAUUCAGCUGCAUUAAAAGACAUGAGUUAGUGGUUGUACAUGGGAGACUAACUUGUUCUUUCUUAAUGUGUAUUGGCCUUACCACCCUCAGGUUAUUAGGGAUUGCUCCUUGCUCCAUGUUUGUAUGGUGUGUUUUUGUUUUGCUCUUGUUUUUCCUUCCUCUCUGAAUGGAAUGUUCUCUGCUCAAGGGCAUCCAACUUCUGUCCCUUCACCCUCUGGCUGCCAGGGGUCUCCUUUUAUAGUUUAACUGCUGGAGGGCCCCUGUUUGGGCUGAAAUAGAUUUUGGGAAUUGGAGUCACUGGCUGUGGCUAGUAAAUGUAAGCACAGAUUCAUGGAUAUUUGUGUGAUGUUAGCUGUGCAUUUGCUUCAUUCUUCCCCCUCUUUUUUUAAAUCCCUUUAUUCAGUCAGUUCCUUGCUACAUCAGUAGGUAUGCUGUAUGAAUAAAGCAAAAGGGCAAAGACUUUUUACUGCUGCCGUACCAGCCUUGGCUUCCUGCAUAUUUUUCAUAUCUGAUAGUAUAUAAUAAAUGCUUCAUUGUUAACCCCUGCUAUGCUGGAGGGGCUUGCAGUGUUGAGUGGUGCCCCCUGCUUUGUAAAAAUACUGCAGUUUAAUUGUAACAGCUGAAGGCUUCCAGUCCUCCUCCUUCUCAGAGCCACCAGGGAGACCAGUGCACCUCUUCUGUAGCUCUGAUGAGCCUGAACAAAACCUCUGCUGAGCUUUUCCAGUUUUAUUUAAUAAGUCAUAAAAAAUGCCAGGUUCAUUAAACGCAAACUUUUUUUAAUAUUGUUACUUUUUGUACGAUUUUUUUUGUUUUUGUUUUUCCUUUUAGUCUUUUAUAUUCACAGUUAAGCUGCAGUACUUCUUGGAAGUACUUUUAUUCCAGAUCUAGUGAAUCCUCUCCACUAGAAGUUUCAAUAAACUGUCGUUAUUGCUUA